CACAAUCAGCAUUCACUUGGGUGCCCGGGAUUUUGCAGAGCAGAGAAAARAACAACCGAAGAUCUAAAAGUGAAUUUUAUUCCUUGUAACUGCUUGCAAAAUGUCCAGUAGCAAGAAAGCCAAGAAGGGAACCAAAAAGAGAGCUCAGCGAGCAACUUCCAACGUCUUUGCUAUGUUUGAUCAAGCUCAAAUACAAGAAUUUAAAGAGGCAUUUAACAUGAUCGAUCAAAAUCGAGAUGGCUUCAUUGACCAAGAAGAUUUAAAGGAUAUGUACGCUUCUCUAGGAAAGUUCGUGAGCGACGACUUUCUGAGCGACAUGAUAAAUGAAGCAUCAGGAAGUACGAUCAACUUCACGAUGUUCUUAACUUUGUUUGGUGAAAAGCUCAAUGGGACAGAUCCCGAAGAUGUGAUUAGAAAUGCCUUCGCUUGCUUUGACGAGGACGGCGUUGGAUCGAUACACGAGGAUAAACUAUGUGAUAUGUUGACUCAAGUCGGUGAUAGGUUUAGUGAAGAUGAAAUUGAUGAAAUGUUGGAAGACUGCCCAGUUGACAAAAAGGGUAACAUCGACUAYAUCACUUACACCCAGAUUCUGAAACGAGGCAAGAAAGACGAUGAUGAAGAUCAGCAGCCACCUAAAUAGACUGUCUGUAAAAAAAACCCUGAAACUGAUGUAGAAUAUACUCAAACUUAGGCAUAUAAGCAGUUUUUUCCCAAGAAUGUUACAGUAUUAACAAUCUGUCAUAUAUCAUCAAUGAUGUAUACAACAACUUUUAUUUUCUUGUGUGAAUUGUUAAUAAAUUAAUUUACAUGUGAA